CGACGCUGCACCCUAUUCUCCUACCAUUUUCUCUUCCCAAGUGCACGACGGCCUGCGCUGGCCUGGCCUGGCAUAGAAGAGCAGAGCAGAGCAAGCCACCCUCUCGUGUGACGACGUCUGAGCUUGCAUUCCUCGCACAAUGUCUCUGCCCCAGCGACCCGACGAGUCCUCGCCCCGGCGGACCCACCACCGAAAUGUCUCUCGAGACGCUGAGCCGCGCCGACACUCGUCCCGCCGACGAAGAACAUCCGACUUGGAGAACACGCGAUCAACCGACCGUACCACCAGCAAACGCGGCGUCCAGUCGCACUCCAGAGCCCUCCCUGAGCCCGGCACCCCGGUGCCCAUGGAGCGAGACCCCAUAAUGCGCGGCCAGCACACCACCCCGAGCCACGAGCUGGGUAGAAAGCGCAGUCUCAUUCGCCCCGAGCGACAGCGAAUGGACCCGAACCACCCAAACUAUCACUACCGCAAGCAUGCCCAGCGCAUGCCUGUCCAGCCAUCAUCGACUGGCCACGACCCUAUCAUGGAGGACCAUAUGGAGGCCGAGACGGCGAGCUCAGAUAGCACCGAUCUGAAGCCCCCGCACAUGCGCAAUGCCUCGGGCGGAGGUUACAAUGACAAGCAGGCUCCAUUGGACGAUGACGAGAGACCACGAGUACCGCGCCGCUUGACACGGAGCAAGACCAUGGAAAACCUCGAGAAGCAGCGGCAAAAAGAAAAGGACCAGCUCCGCCCGCCCAGCUUUUGGAAUGUAUACUGCGCCAUCAUCACCUUCUGGUGUCCGGGCGCCAUCUUGAGAUGCUUUGGAAAACCACAAAGGGCACAGCAGCAUGCCUGGAGGGAGAAGGUCGGCCUAGUCAGCAUCAUUCUCUACAUCUGUGCAUUUGUUGGAUACCUCACCUUCGGCUUUACCGAGACCGUAUGUCCGUCUGGUGGAAACGCUCGCCUCAGGUCCAACAAGGUCGAUAGGGGUUACCUGAUCGUCCACGGCAGAGCUUACGACCUCACUCAAUCCACGCAUCCCAUGGCUCGAGGCAUCCCGUCUGGCGCCAACGUCCUCUUUGAUCUACCGGAGAAGCAUGGGGGUCAGGAUGGCAGUUUCCUCUUCCAGAACGUCAACGGGGCUUGCAAAGGACUCAUCACGCCAAAGGACAAUUCCGGCAUUCCAACAAGCGGAAGCGGAGACCUGGCCUGGUACUUUCCAUGCCGGCUCACCAACCAGGAUGGUUCUUCCAAGCCCAACAACACAUUUCUCGAGUACAAUGGCUACAUGUGCCACACCUCGGACAAUGCUCGCAAGGCCUUUUAUGGCUUGAGAAAUAACGGUGAUGUCUACUUCACCUGGGACGACAUCCGGAACAACUCGCGCAAUCUGAUGGUCUGGGGUGGAGAUGUGCUUGAUCUCAACCUUCUGGACUGGUUCAACAAGACCCAGGUCAACACUCCGCCCAUCUUCGACGAAAUCCGCCAAAAUCCUUCCGUUCGAGGAAUAGACGUCACGCGCGCGUAUUCUUCUAGUUACGAAAAGCAGGUUGCUCGAUGCUUCACCGAAAUUAUCAAAGUUGGAUCUAUUGAUACCGAGACUAUCGGCUGCAUUACUUCCAAGGUUGUUCUAUAUGUAUCGCUGGUAUUCAUCUUGGCCGUCGUCGUGGCGAAAUUCCUUUUUGCUCUAGCUUUCCAAUGGUUUAUUAGCCAGAAAUUUGCCGCCACCAAGACGUCUGUAGGCAAAACAGACUCCAAGGAGCGAAAGCAGCAAAUCGAAGAUUGGAGCGACGAUAUCUACCGCCCUCCGCCCAGGCUCGCAGACUCGGGUGCUGGUUAUGAUCGCUCAAGCAAGCGUGGCAGUGCAUUCUUACCGUCGACAUCAAGAUUCACGAGUCCGUACACUAUGGAUAAAUCAGCAAAGACACGCGCUCCACCAACCACCAUGACGAGCCAAAGUACUACGUCUCGCCUCCUCGGGUCCAACAGUGGCAUGUACAAACAACUCAACAACAGCCAAGGCACUCUGCCCACAUAUGACGGAAAACACUCGCAGGAGUCUAGAGCAAGUCUGCUCAUGCCUGGCAGUACCGAGCAAAAUGGCUAUUCUAGCGCCAUGGGCGGAUCCGACGGGCCCGGACCAGCGGGCUUCAUCCACGAAGCUGUUGUCCCGCAACCUCCUCCUGAGUGGCAGCCCUUUGGCUAUCCACUGGCCCACUCAAUCUGUUUGGUCACUGCAUAUUCUGAAGGUGCCGAAGGUCUGCGAACCACGCUAGACUCGAUUGCUACCACGGACUAUCCGAAUAGCCACAAGCUGAUCUUGGUCAUCUGCGAUGGUAUAAUCAAGGGCAAGGGAGAAGAAUUGUCUACACCGGAAAUCUGCCUCGCGAUGAUGAGAGAUCAUGCAGUUCUCCCUGAUGAAGUCGAGGCGUUUUCGUACGUCGCAGUUGCUAGUGGCUCGAAACGACACAACAUGGCCAAGAUUUACUCGGGCUUCUACGACUAUGGCGAGGACUCUCGUAUCAUCACGGAGAAGCAGCAACGUGUGCCAAUGAUGGUGGUGGUCAAGUGCGGAACGCCCGAUGAGGCUAAGAAGUCGAAGCCCGGCAAUCGUGGAAAGCGAGACAGCCAGAUCAUCCUCAUGUCGUUCUUGCAGAAGGUCAUGUUUGACGAGCGUAUGACGGAACUAGAGUUUGAGAUGUUCAACGGUAUCUGGAAAAUCACUGGCAUUUCGCCCGACUUUUACGAGAUUGUACUCAUGGUGGACGCCGACACGAAGAUUUUCCCUGACAGCUUGACACACAUGGUCUCGGCCAUGGUGAAAGACCCCCGGAUUAUGGGCUUGUGCGGUGAAACAAAGAUUGCCAAUAAGCGACAGUCGUGGGUGUCGAUGAUCCAGGUGUUCGAAUAUUUCAUCUCGCAUCAUUUGGCCAAGUCAUUCGAAUCGGUCUUUGGUGGUGUUACUUGUCUUCCGGGAUGCUUCUGCAUGUAUCGCAUCAAGGCUCCCAAAGGCGGUCAGAACUACUGGGUCCCAAUCCUGGCUAAUCCGGACGUUGUCGAGCAUUACUCGGAGAACGUGGUUGAUACGUUGCACAAGAAGAACUUGCUGCUAUUGGGUGAAGAUCGCUAUCUGUCGACGCUGAUGCUCAAGACAUUCCCCAAGCGGAAGCAGGUGUUUGUGCCUCAAGCGGUUUGCAAAACCACGGUACCGGAUGAGUUUAAAGUCCUACUGUCACAGCGUAGGCGAUGGAUCAAUAGUACGGUUCACAACCUGAUGGAGCUGGUGCUAGUGCGAGAUUUGUGUGGCACCUUCUGCUUCAGCAUGCAGUUUGUCGUGUUCAUUGAGCUGAUCGGAACGCUGGUCCUGCCCGCUGCUAUUGCAUUCACCUUCUACCUAAUUGCCAUUUCUAUCAAAGCCGCCAUCCUUCACACGGAAGCUCCGCUCAUUCCUCUUGUGCUCCUAGCGCUGAUCCUUGGUCUACCGGCCGUGCUCAUCGUGGUAACUGCUCAACGAUUGUCCUAUGUGGCUUACAUGUUUGUCUACCUACUGUCGCUACCCAUUUGGAACUUUGUCCUUCCGACGUACGCGUUCUGGAAGUUUGACGACUUCAGCUGGGGAGACACUCGGAAGACAGCAGGCGAGAAGACGAAGAAGGCGGGACUGGAGUAUGAGGGCGAGUUUGACAGCAGCAAGAUCACCAUGCGGCGAUGGCAUGAUUUCGAAGCAGAACGAAGACUCAAGGCACCAGGCGGCGGCGGCGGCGGCGGCGCCAGGUGGUCACAGCAACCGACAACGUCGGCUUGGCCGCCGCAGCAGCAUCAGCAACAGCAGCAAGGAUACGACCCGUACUAUGAUAAUUGAUUUCGCAUUGUGGCGUCGCAUAGGAAGGGAAGCCGUCGUGUCGUCUGCGCGGCGAGCUAAAAUAUUGGGUUUUGUACCACGUUGCUUCUUACUGCAUUGCUGGGGGGGCCAUCGGGUCUAUUCUCACGCCAUAUUUUUCUUCUUCAUUCUUGUGGGCUCUUCUUUCUUCCUUGUAGAUGAUGGACUAGGUCGAUUACUGUACAGUGGACCAUGUUAGACUAUUGGUAGUGGUCGUAGUAGUAAUUCCAUUCAUGCGGCA